AUGAAUCAAUUGGAGACAAAUUUAGUAUUAUGGGCUGUAUGUGCCAUUCUUUUGUUUGAAUUAUUAAUUAUUAUUUGUUUGUGUCGUUGUUUCUUUAAUCGAAUUAAACCUAAACGUUUCUAUGUUAAACGUGAGGAAUAUGAAUAUCUCCAUGGACCACACUCUGCAAGAUUUCAGUCUACUAUUCUUCGUCCACCACAUGCUGAUGAGUUGGCUCUCGUUGGAACAUUGAAUGGACGAAAUCAAAUAUCCUAUAAUAAUGGUAUACCAAAUUUAGCUUAUUAUCCAGAUGAAGAUGAUUUACGUUCAAUACCUCAGCCACACUCGUUACCACCACCACCACCAUCAUUGUCAUCGACGACAACUCAAUAUCAUCCUCAACAACAAUUAAAUUGGAUCGAAAUGAGACCGUCUACUGGUUUUAUAAAUACUAGUCAAUUAUCUCCGUCUGACUAUGACAUAAACUCAUACCAACCACCACUAACAGGUAGUGUAUUACAGCUACCACCACCUCCACUCAUUCGACAGUUACACCCAACAACCCUUGAAUCACAUCACGACGACAUUGAGGAUGAUGAUAUAGAUGACGAUUUAGCAUUUCACACUCUUCCCCCACCAAACACCAAUGCCUACGGUGAUAUAAUAAAACGUACAGAUAUUUCAACCGACACAGCCAACUAUCCGUCAACUAUUGUUGUGCCAAAAUCAAUAUUAAAAGGAAAUGCAAACACUCCACCAUUGGAAGUAGAACAACAAUCGUCUUAUUAUAAUCGUCCAUAUUCUAUUAACGAUGAUAUUUCUCCUCAACGAAGCCGAACAUCGUCGAGACAUGAUGGUGAUAUUAGCCAUCAGCCACAAUCAAGAAUUCCGAGCACGACAAUUUCUCAGUUACACUAUACCGAGGGAUCGCCACGCACAUCGGUUAAAGUCAAUACUGACGAAUCGAUAGCCGAUAAAUUUAUACGAAUAGAUUAUUCAGUACCAGUGCCAACGUACGAAAAACGAUUACCCAUCGAAUCUAAAUUAUCUGGUCGUUAUCGUAUGAGAUAUGCGAGUGUUAGUCAAUUGAACGAUGUUGAAUGGGAAGUACCAAGAGAAUUUCAGACAAUUGUCUAUGAAUUAUCUGAUGAAGGACAGACAAUAAAAGGUGCUCUACUCUAUGAUGCAAAUAAUAAUAACAAUAAAAUGUCAGAAAAACAAAAGAGAAAUCAGAGAGUAUCAUCGUACGACGAUAACAGAAUCGAAUAUGAAUCUCCUUCAUCCAUUAUACAUGACCAACGUAGUAUUCGACAACGAAGUCAGUCGGCACACGAUGAUGAUCGAGAUAUAAAACGGACGCGUUACCAUCAUGACACUAGUCAUGUCUCACAAAAUCGGACAAUCACCGAUUCUGAUCCCUACAUUUCAAGAGUAUUUGUUCCAUGGGAUGAAAAUCCAGAUAAUACAAAAAGAAAAAAAUUACAACAAUUUAAUCAUACAGAUGAGCAUGGUGAUGAAAUCCAACAAGCAUUCGAGUAUUAA